CCGAAACCACUCGGAUUUGAGUCCGGUUAGAAUCGAGGGAUGUACCUACUAUGGAUCGUAACCGUAAGCAAAGUAUGUAAAAGAUGAAGUAAAAAGAAACAAAUUGCCAAGUGUAAGUAAGUAUACUACGACGGACGAGGUAAUAAAAACUGUGUUACGAGCGUCGAGCCCUUCGUCGAGAGAGAGCAGUACUUAAGAAUGAAAAUGGCGCUUUAGCGCUCGCCCGGUCGCGGCACGAGGAAUCUCUUUGAAUUGCGAGCGGAAGUGGCGUUUUCCGUGACAAUGAGGACCGCGACCGAAACCGAUCAGUGGACCAGCAUGCUUCUCCAAGCCACGGGAUCAGCGUCUGCAGCUCCACCCGACGGCGCAGCGGGGGUUUCCGGGAGCUCCGACGAGGACGUGCUGGAGGCUAUCACAACAAUCUACGUAUCCACCCCUGCCCAUAAUUCGUCGUACCCAAAACAAAAUGUAGUGUUUCAUUUUCACCUUUCUUGUUGUGUGGGUAAGGGUAUCAUUGGGAAAGCACAUGCACAGACUUUGAGAAAGCCGUAGUUUUUGUUCUAGUGUACUAGAAAAGGUGCUUGUUUUCAAUAUCGGGCACCGCGUGUGGGCAGGGGGACGAUUUUUCUUUUCGAUACUGGCACUGGUGGCUUUGUGUGAAGAGCACGCACUUCUUCUUACCACGACCGCACUCGUGUGCCUGUUCGCCUACCUGUUCCUCCGGCUGGCCUCGGCGUUUCCCCGGGCCCUGGCCGUAUUUGUGGCCUGUUACGCGGUCUGGUUCGUGACACGGUUCUGCCUCCUCAAGGAGACCGGCGAGGACCGCGGAGAGUUUGUGAUCGUGUUGGAGGAGCAUUUCUCCGCGGCGUGGGAGCGGUCGCGGGACUGGGUGCGCGCCACCGGAAAAGCCUUCGGAGCCUGGUUCGUGGUGUUUUUCCCCUUUCUGCACGACCUGGGCACGUUUCUGCGUGAUUACGUGGCGCCACCGAUUAUCGAGUUCCUGCGGAGCGUCGUGGUUGCGUUUCAAAAAUUGCCGUUGGAGACGCAGGCACUGGUGGCCGUCGCCAUUGUGCUCUGCCUCUUAACGGUCCAACUGUUUUUCACCGUGCGCAAGCAGCUCCCGGCCAUGCGCCGCAGCGUGCGCGAUCUGUCAUUGUACCAGUGCGUCUGCGGGGCUGGUUCAUCAGCCGGUGGUGCCGACGACGACGAAGAGUCGGCAAGAACUUCCGACGCGGAAGCAGGACAGGUCGCGAUGCAGCGCCGGCGCCAGCUCCUGCGCACGGUGGGCUAUCAGCUGACAUUUGCAGUCGUCGCGCCCGUGAUCUGGCUCCUCGUUGCCAUUCCCUACUUCCCCGACGCGAUUGCGAUGGCGUGCACGGUGACGUUUCUUCCGCUGCUGCUCAGCUUCGACAGUUUGGUGUCUGUCGCGUACUCGUGGUCCGCGGGCACCACGCCUUCGAGCGCGCGGACGGUGUUUGCAGCCGACGAGCAACGUGAGCAAGCGGCGAGGACCUUUGUCGACAGCAGGAGUAGUGCUCGCCUGCACCAGCUUCAUCCGGGACGAAUCGUGGCGGGAGCGGCCGCGGCGAAUCUGGCGUCUUCUAUAACGCAGGAACAGACGAAGCUGCCGACCUGCCACGCUGGGGAGCUGCUUGCCCUCGUUGCGAACCUUGAGAAAGCAAACAGUUGGGUGGCUUAUUGGGCGUUGUGGCCCCUGCUCUCACUAGCCGAAGCGGUGGUCGAGGGAGCCGAAAGAGCUGCUGGUGCGAGAAGAGGGAAUGCGACCUCCGCGGUGACACAGCAGCUACCAGUGUCGUCUUCAAGUACUAGCCACCUAGCUGUGCGGCUCGUGCUGGUCUUGUCCGUUUGGGCCUCUUUUUACGGUGGCAACACAAUGUCGAUCCUUUUCGCACGGAGCGUGGCGUUUCUUCGACGUGUCUUGACAUCCGCCUGGUAUGGGGGCAGCAGCGGUGGCUUUUUCAGCAGCAGCGCACCUCAUGAUGGGGGCUUCCCUAGCGAGCGAUCGAGUGCUUUAUUUGCUGGUAGAAGUGGCGCAUUUAUUGAGGAUUUUGACGAAGUAAAUCAGGAUGUAGAGCAACAAACGCCACGGCUAUCGCAACAAGUGGGACUGACAGCGGGCCGGGAGUCUCCGGGACUUGUUACUACCACUACACCAGCAGUGGCAGCUGCAGGACAAACCGCUGCAGGUCAAGCCGCUGCCCCGGCAACAUCUCCUAGCCGUGAACAAAGUGAGCCUUUUGCAGCCCGCGUGCGAUCCAGCGUCGUGAGCGGUGUACGGACGGGGGCCUUCCAUCUCUUCACGUCUCUGCAGGCGGAAGCAGGAGGGGGCACUAGCGAUUCGAAUGUGAAACUCCGGUUGGUGGGAAUUUUCGCGGUCUGCGUGCUGGCCUCGUCCUACAUUGCGUACGCGGUACUGUCGUUGUUGGCCCAUUUCAUCGCGAUUCUGGUGUGGUGGGGGGUCGCCUUUGCCAGCAGCAGGAGUGCAAACGAAGCAACAGAGACUCUAAUCGAAAUCCGGAGCAUUCUCGACAACGUGAGCGCGACAAGGGUCGUCGUGAAGCCAACGGGUGCGCUGGAAGUAAACGGAGUCAAUGCAAACGUCAAGCCUGCUAAAGUGGCAAGCAAAAGCGCGCAGAUCACCGAGCGGGCACUGGAAAGCAGCGCGCGGAGGCUGUGCAGUGUGGUUGAGCAGGAAUUGAGGCGAAAGCUGGGCUUCUGGAUCUCCAGUUCGCUGUGGUACCUGUUCUUGAUUCGCGUGCCGCUCGUGGGCACGGUGCUGUACGUGUGGACGCCCUUUUUCCUCCUGGCGUGCUACCUCCUGGGCGACGUCUUCGCCGCGCAACUGACGGAAGCGUGCGGCCCGAGGUGGCGGGCGCACCGCGGAAGUGUGGGGCAGUCUACCGUCGUCCACGCAACCGACGCAAGUGGCUUGCUCACUCGCCCCAUGCUGGCGGGUCCGGCUCCCGAGCGGUGAGAGGAGUCCGCGUUUAACGAAAUUGCUACUACUGCCACGAAAGAAGAAUAACUCAUUCAACGCUCUGUCUUGCUGUCUUGUUCUUAAUCUUAUCUUCUUCACAACCUUCGCGUUGAGAUUCAGAGGACCUACCAUCUUGUCCCAUCAAUCUCUGUUGCAUCUCACGAGAAGAACAGGAAGAAGGAGCAU